AAUGGCUCAAACCAACGACAACCAUGUCGCUGACCAAGUGCCUCGUUUUCGCCCUUCUGGCCAUCGCCUCCGUGAGUGCGGAGAAGGUUCGCUAUGACAACUACCGGAUGUACAAGGUGGCCUCGGAGAACGCCAAGCAACUGUCGGUGCUGAAGGAGCUGGAGGGAUCCAGCGACUCUAUCCUCUUCAUGGACGGAGUUCACCUGGUCGGUGCCGACGUCCAGAUCGUGGUGGCCCCGCACAAGGUGCCCGACUUCCUGGAGAUCCUCGGCAAGGCCGAGAUCAAGUACCAGCUGGUGUCGAGCGAUCUGCAAAAGUCCAUGGACGAGGUCGACGAGAAGGUGGCCAUCAAGGGACGUGCCACCAGGGCCAGCUACAAUUGGGCUGAAUACUACGAGCUGGACGACACCUACUCGUGGCUUCAGACCCUUGCCAACCAGUACCCCGGAGUGGUGACCCUGAUCGAGGGUGGAAAGACCUACCAGGGUCGCUCGAUCCUGGGUGUUCGGAUCACCAAGGGAGGCAGCAACAAGCCGGGUAUCUUCCUGGAGGCCGGUAUCCAUGCCCGCGAGUGGAUCGCCCCUGCCGCUGCCACCUACAUCAUCAACCAACUGCUGACCUCCGAGGAUGAGGCCAUCAAGCAGCUGGCCGAGAAUUACACCUGGUACGUCCUGCCCCAUGCCAAUCCCGAUGGCUUCGUCUACACCCACACCACCGAUCGUCUGUGGCGCAAGACCCGCACUCCCUACGGCAGCUGCUUCGGAGCCGAUCCCAACCGGAACUGGGCCUUCCACUGGAACGAGGUGGGUGCCAGCAGCAGCGCCUGCUCGGACACCUAUGCCGGUCCGUCGGCCUUCUCCGAGAUCGAGACUUUCUCCCUCUCCAAGUACAUCGAAUCGCUGAAGGGCAAGAUCCAGCUGUACAUUUCCCUGCACGCCUACUCGCAGUAUCUGCUGUAUCCCUACGGACACACCGCCGAUCUGCCCGACAACGUGGCCGACUUCAAGCAGGUCUUCGAUGCCUCCAUUGCCGCCGUGAGCAAGAAAUUCGGAACCAAGUACACCGGAGGAAACAUCUACGAUGCCAUCUACCCCGCGGCUGGAGCCAGUGUGGACUGGGCCUACGGAACCCAGGAUGUGCGCAUGUCCUUCUGCUACGAGCUGCGUCCCUCGUCCACCUCCUACCUCACCGGAUUCAGGCUACCCGCCGAGCAGAUCGUCCCCGCCAGCCAGGAGCUGCUCGACUCCAUCGUGGCCAUGGCCGCCGAGGUCAAGAGCCUGGGCUACUUCGACUAAGCGAACCUCUAAUAAAGUACUCACAGUUUAACCGCA